UGCCGCCUAUCAGUGCCAGUCAGUGCCGCCUAUCAGUGCCCCAUCAGUACCAGUCAGUGCCACCUAUCAAUGCCAGUCAGUGCCACCUAUCAGUGCUGCCACCUAUCAGUGCAGCCUAUCAGUGUGCAUCAGUGCCCAUCAGUCCAGCCUAACAGUGCCAGUCAGUGCCGCCUAUCAGUGCCCUAUAUAAGUGCUGCCUUUCAGUGAUGCCUGUCAAUGCCCAUCAGUGCCACCUACCAGUGCCUCAUCAGUGCCACCUAUCAGUGUCCAUCAGUGCAGCCUCAUUAGCGCACAUCAGUGAAG